AUGCCGAAAUAUACAGAAAUUCACGGAGAAACUUUACGGGACGUGUCUGUUAACAGUGACGGCAUUUCCUUUCAAGAACAUGACUUGAAUAGAGAAGUUGUAAAAUCGGGCUGUAUUGCGUGUUUGAAGUCACUCUUUCUUGAUAUAUUUAUGCCUAGAGGUUUUCCUCACUCCGUUUCUGAGGAUUACGUAAGCUAUCAGGUAUGGGAUACCAUUCAGGCUUUUGCUAGCUCUAUGAAUCACGCCUUAUCUACUGAAGCGAUACUGCGUGGUGCCGGUAUUGGAAAUGAGGCUGCAACAGCUAUAGCAGCUACAGUCGCAUGGUUGUUAAAGGAUGGCUUAGGAAUGAUAAGUAGAAUUGUGUUUGCAUGGCUUACUAGUCCAUACUUUGAUGCCCAUUGUAAGCAGUGGCGAUUACUAGCGGAUAUUUUGAAUGACAUAACAUUUUGUAUGGAUUUAGUUGUGCCAAAUUUUCCAAGAUUUUUUGUUUUUGUUUUAUGUCUGUCAUCACUAUUACGCUCGGUUGUUGGUGUAGCUGGAACAUCCACACGUACUGCAGUCACUAGUCACCAGGCCAUAUCAGAUAAUUUGGGAGAUGUAGCGGCGAAAGAUGUUUCACAAGAAACAGUAGUUAAUAUUUGUGCUCUUGCUUGUAGCCUGCUUUUGCUUCAUUUUGUGAGCGGAAGUGUUGUUGUGUGGCCGCUGUUUAUUGUUUUCACAUCUGUUCAUCUUUAUGCUAAUUAUCGGGCUAUUAAAUCGUUGCAGUUCAGGACACUGAAUCAUUCAUUGCUCGAAAUCCUCAUACGGAAAUAUGUGAAAACAGGAAGUAUAGAUGACGUGCGUUCUGUAAACGACCAAGAAUCAGUGUUCUCACUUAGAGUUUCAUCAUCGCGAUAUUAUGGAUGCUCGUUAAUAAAAACACUGAGUUCUGCAAACGAACUUAAAUUUGUCUCUUCUAAAUUUAUUGCUUCUUGCAAUUUAAAAUUGAACAGUGGUUGUGUAUCGAUGGCUAGAUUUUCGAAUACAAAAGACCAGCUUCGCGCAGCGGCCUGUCUAGAGCUGAUGUUGCAUUUGAGAAUAGUUCCGUCACUCUCUCAAUUGGAUGAAUUUACUGAAGGACUGAAAAAAGUUGGUUGGUCUAUCGAUAAGCAUCGACUUGUAUUUGAUCGCUGGAUUUACAUGGAGAAGUGA